AUGCUCUCCAUGCCGAUGGGCAUGCUCUUCAGCAAGGAGUUGACAGUCAAGAGCUCAGAGCAAAUUAACCAUGACCUCAAGAAGAUCACUUUCAAUCUCCCUGAAGGAGACUCCCAAAUCAGCGGUGUACCAGCGGGAUCUAUUAUCCUCACACAGCACACCCCUUACAACGGCUGGUUCCCAGUCUUCAGACCCUACACACCAAUCUCCUGCCCUUCAGACCGCGGUACCCUCCAACUCCUCGUCAAAAUAUACCCAGAAGGCAAAGCCUCAACAUACAUUCACACCAUGCAACCCGGAGAUACAAUCUCCGCACGAGGUCCAUUUCUGGGCUAUGCAUACACACCUUGUAAAACCCGACGUGAUCUGCUCUUCAUAGCAGGUGGAGCGGGCAUCACGCCUCUUUUCAGUCUCGCACAAGCUAUCCUUGAUGAUCGAAAGGAYAAGACAAGGAUACAGCUGCUUUGGGCGGUCAAUGGGACGAGAGAUAUCGUGCUGAGGAAGGAGUUGGAGGAAAUGGAAGGAAGGUUUCCAGGAAGACUUCAGGUCACGUACGCUGUUUCUGGCGAGGAGGGUAAACCAGAGGCUCCGAGCAUGGGAGAUGAGAGUAAGUUCAAAAAGGGUUACUUUAGUAGAGAUGUGCUGGAAGAGGUGAUUGCGAGGUGUGAAAAGGGGAGAUGGGGUGAUGCGAAAGGGACCAAGGUUUGGAUCUGUGGACCGCCGGCUAUGGAGACUGCUGUGGUGGGGAAGAGUGGUAUUUUGAUGGAAUUGGGAAUUAAUGCGAAGGAGGUGCACAGGUUUUAA